CAGCCACGAGUCUCACAACACUGUUGCCUCAACACCAAGACAGCCUAUAUUUAACCAUCUUCGUGGCUAAUCGACUUCUGCCAUGGAGACUCUCAAAAGAUCUUUUGCGAACGAUGUACGGUGAUCCCAUGCCAGCCCUCAAGGAUUGACUACGACCCAACUACCAUGACGACUCCCGCCAACCGUUACAUUCGCGAGGUCCUACAUUCUGUAGAGGCGCCACCGGCAAUACCAGUCCGUUAUUUCUAUACAUCGCCGCUCGCGAUCGAUGACCCCUUGUCACCUCUCCCGCCUCCAGCGACUGCAGCCUCAUCGGCACGUAGGCAUCCACCGCGACCGUUCUCCGAAUAUGACAACGAUGCCAUCGAGAAGUCGUGGCUGGAGUUGCGCAAGAAGAUUCUGAAACACAAUGAGGAGGUUGGGGAAAAGGCAUCGUCUACCGGAACUCCGCCUGACGUCUUCGACCCGGCGAUCGCGCGUUUGAAGAGAAAGCGAGGAGAGUCAGCAUCUGGCAAAGAUAUCCCUGGAGCUACACAAGUCAGAGAUAUAACUCCAACCGGGUCUGUCGGUAAAGGAGGAGAGUAUUCUCGAUCAGCCGAAGUCCUGCGUGACAGCCGCUUCAGUUCCGGUGCAAGGUUACAAGGCAGCUGCUCGUCCCCGUUGCGGCGUCGGGAAGAUUCUGUGGAGCGAUCGCCAGUGAUGUCUCCUACCAUCACCGGUACACCAUUCAUUCGGGCGCCUUCCCGUAGGGAUGUAAAUUAUGCACGGAGGGAUGGAUCGAUCGAUGCUACCAGACGGCCAACUACGCACGAGACGGAUAGCUAUAAUUGGGAUGAUGAUACAGGAUCUGCGUCACAUUUCCAUAAAGACAAGGGGUCGUCUCGCCCAGCUUCAAUCCCUAAGACAUUCCUCUCUGUUAAGGUGCCCGUGGGAGUCUCCCGACUGCAUCAUGUUGUAAUGGACGCUCAGUCGUUUCGCAUGGAACCGAUAUACUGGUCUCCUGUCAAUGACAUUGCGGAAGUUGUGCGCGGGUCAUGGUUCUAUAAGGACACGAUGCUCCCUGUAGAAGUACAUGUUGCCAACAUGCUUGAGGUCGGAUAUCUGGAUCUACAGCCUUGGACACAGACAUGGAAAGACGAGUUGGACAGCGCGGUUGAGGCUGGUGCGGCGGGAGAGAUGAAGAUUCUUCACAAGCUGUGGCCGCAAAAGUCCAAAAAGAAACCCGAGAGCCGACCAGUUUCUUCAGCACAGAUGCAGACGGGGCUGGUCCAAAACACGCUACCUGAGGAAGAAGUUGAUCCAGAGACAGAGCGCCGAGAAAUUGUGGAAAAUGCCUGCGACCUUAUUGAUAUCUCUACCGGGCCUGAUGGGCCCGACAACAAAGCGUCUGGGGACAGAAAUUACAGUCACGAUGGGCGGAAGAGGCUUUACCGUGACGCUGGCGUUAUCUAUGCAAAUGAAAAGGAGGCCUACCUGCUUCGGCCGUCUUUACAACCUUCGGAUUACUACGGCCGAAGGCCGCUGGCUAACUACAUCCGUAAAGGGAGGUCAAUAGGAAUCCGCGUGGUGAGAGGUUUUGACCAAGCCUUGUGGGAUGAAUUACAUCCGAGCAAGAAGACGACCACCGCAAUGAAAGCCAGGGAAGGUGUUUCUUCCGCCCAAGCAGGGAUACCACCACAGUCACGUCAAAAGCUGGAUCUCGAGCUGGCUUUGUCUGAGCGACCGCAAGUCACUGAUCUCGUACUGGUUAUUCAUGGUAUCGGCCAGAAGCUAUCGGAACGAAUCGAGACCUUUCAUUUCACCCAUGCAAUCAACGCCUUCAGACGCGAUGUUAACGUCGAGCUCGGUGCUGCCGACGUCAAACGCCAUCUCCGACAAGAUGCAGGGGGCAUUAUGGUCCUCCCGGUUAACUGGCGUCAACGCGUAAGCUUAGAAGACGAAGCUAGCGGUCUCGAAGCAGAGGAGGAUCCUUCUAUCAAUCAAUUCACACUAAAAGAUAUCACUCCCGACAGUUUACCGUCUGUACGUGGCAUCAUUAGUGAUGUCAUGUUGGAUGUUCCAUACUAUCUAUCACCGACCCACAACAGGAAAAUGGUCGCAGCGUGUAUCAAUGAAGCCAACCGCAUCUACCGGCUAUGGUGUCUCAACAACCCAGGCUUUUCCAAUUGGGGACGUGUCCACCUCAUAGCCCAUAGCCUUGGUUCAGUUAUGGCAGUAGAUAUACUCAGUCAACAGCCAAGCUAUGUCCCGCCUCAUUUUGGAGAGCCAUCAUAUCCAGAAGAAGAUAUACCACGCGACCAUUUCAUCUUCAACACUACCAAUCUCUUCGUCUGUGGCAGUCCAGUAGGGUUCUUUCUUCUGCUCAAGAAAGCCGCUCUCCUUCCCAGACGCGACAGAGAAAAACCAGGAGCGGACUCGUACGCCACACCCGGCGUAGCUGGCGAGCAAGGAACAUACGGAUGCAUCCCUGUCGACAACGUUUACAACAUCAUUAACCCGUAUGACCCCGUAGCGUACCGCCUCAACGCCGCUGUUGAUGUCUCAUACUCCGAGUCGUUGAAGCAUGCCAUCAUACCCAGUGCUAACGGCUCCUGGCUUGCUUUUUCGAACCCCUUUCGCAAAGCCGACACAGUACAUGCGUCCCAUCCCAGAGCCUCUGUCGCACGCUUGCCUUCGAAUGUCGAACUCGAAACGCAUGAUUUCACGAGAGAAGAGAUUGCGGAGAAGAGGGCCUAUCUGCUCAAUGAUAAUGGUCAGAUCGACUACUUUCUCAAAUAUGGCGGCGGGCCGCUGGAGAUCCAAUAUCUUACUAUGCUGGGAGCGCAUAGCAGUUAUUGGGUAAGCAGAGACUUUGUUAGAAUGAUUGUAGUUGAAGUGGGGCGGGCGCCUGGGAAGGCAGGGACGGUGUUGGCUAUGAGGGCGCAGAAGAAGAAGGCCGCAGUUAUGUAGGGGGGAGGGGAGUUGUGUUUUCUGAGGCAUCAGUGGGCAUACUAUCGCAACGUACAAUCGGGAAUAGAAUGCGAUACUAUAUUCCACGACGCAGCUGGGGUGCCUGGAUUUGCCAUUGAUAGAACGAGGCAUUGUCGCAUAAUGCUCGGUAUAGAGUCGUGUUUUGGAUGUUUUAUCGUCUUUUUCGUACAUCCUUCCCGCAGAAAUUCAACAAGAAUUUAUGCCUCAAAAUGCGCAUGCACAAGUAGCAGUUUGUUCCUGCUACACUAGGACUCCGCUGUAAAUAAUACCAAUCGACAUCCGGU